AUGGACGAGCUAGAGGCUACUCCGAGCCAGAGCCCAGUCCGUGGGGUCGAGUCAGUGAGUCAGGCCUGCACAGUGCACAAAGAUCACCGAGGCAGGUGCCCAGGUUGUGGCGGAAACCAUGAGCGGAAGAGUUGUCGUUUCCGGGAUGCUAUGUGCCGGACGUGCGGGAAGACAGGUCACAUCGCCAGAGUCUGUAGAUCGGCGGCGUUGGGAGCGACAGGAGCACCUAGACCGGAGCAUCGCAGACCGCCCACAGCAACCCAUUUUCUAAAGGACUGCCACUACGUUACGGAGAUCAACGGGAGGGUCGUGCAGUUCCCAGCACAAGGCAAGGCACACGUCAAGGUGAAGAUUGAGGGUCAGCAGUGCGACAUGGAGGUGGACUCCGGAUCUGGAUUCACUAUCGUGUCGGACCAGACCGCGAGGACAUUCUUCCCCAGGG